UACGUCAGUGCGGCUCAGUCAACUCUGUGGAUAAACAGCGUCGGCCAGUAGUUCGAGUGUCGGCGUCAGAGUAGCACGUGUGUAUCGAACGUUAAGAUGGCUGAAGUGCCGGUUAGUGAGUUGCGAAAGGCCAUCUCGGAGAUGUUGGAUGGAGCGGACCUCGAUUUGCUUUCGUCGAAGAAAAUCCGGCAGCAGUUGGAAAAAAAGUACGGUAUCGAUUUCACUGACAGGAAAAAAGAAAUUGACGGCUUGGUUAUGGAGCUGAUCUCUGAGCCUAAAGAUAAAGAAGCAGAAAAGGCCAAGACAAGUACUCAGCAGAAUGGAGCUAUGAGCUCCGCAUCGACUGCUGAAAGCUCAUCGAGUGAUGGUGAUGACGAAGAAGAACAAGAUGAUGAUGAGGAACUGGCUCGCAAGCUUCAGGAUGAGGAAUUUAAAAGUCGCAGUCGUGCUGUGAAGAAAUCGAGGACUGCCAAGAAAGAGCCAACCAAGAAGGCUGCAAAGGCACCGGGCACUAAGCGAGAGAGUGCAUAUUCCCGGAAGUGUGCCCUUUCUCCAGAGCUGGCUGCUGUGGUUGGUGCUGAGGAGAUGGCCCGAAGUGCAGUGGUGAAGAAAAUGUGGUCCAUUGUUCGUGAGAGGAACCUUUUUGACCCAUCCAACAAGCAAUUUGCAAUCUGUGAUCCCCAGCUGAUGAAGGUUUUCGGUCAGAAGCGUGUGCGCAUGUUUGGGAUGAUGAAGUACUUGAAGAACCACAUCAAGGACAUCAAGUAAACGGGCCAUAGGGGAAGCUCAGCGAUGUGCUUCAGCAGAGUAUACGCUAUUGCUUCCCUCUUCCCCCUGCCUCGUCCCAUCAGGCCCAUCUUCCAUUUUUGUUGUUGUCACUCUCAGUGUGACAUUUUGAGUGUUUAUUAAGUGCCAGAGCAAAAACAACAUGCUCACCAACUCUGUGUUCUUGUUGUGGUCUUAAAAAGAGUUGCCACAAAGAAUGAACACAUUCUCUUCAUGUACGCCAGUCUGACGUACAGCACGCAUCUUCGAAGUCAUCAUUGCAGCCUUGUUAAUAUUAUUCACCUCCCAUAAUCACUUCAAGUUAUAACAUUGUUGCACACACUGGCAGCAGCAUUGAAAAUUCUUGAAUGACGUAAUUUUCUUUCUCGGGUAGUGCGUUUUUUUUUUUUUUAAUUUUUUAUUCAUUUUACUCAUGGCCUUUUCCUCAAUCUGCAAACAUUGCUGCUUGAAAAAAGGUAGAGCAAGAACAUAUUGCACAGCCAUUGUAAGGAUUGAAUUUAUGGCUGUCUAAAUAAUGCUCCAAUGGUAGUGCUAUGUCUGCGUGUUUGUGCUGGGAUUUUGUGUGCAAGUAUUUCAGUGCGCUGUUCAAGAGUGUUUUGCAUUGUCCAAGUUUUUUUUUUUUUUUUAUUAUUAUUUUUUUUUAUGAGAGAGCUCCAAUGUUGGUGAUGCAACGUAGUUGCUUUGUAAAGAAGUCGUUUCCCAGAAAUUUUAUAUGACCCUUUAAAAUCUGGACAAAAUGCUGUUGCUGUCAAAUGUUCUCGGAGAACAGAGGUCUGUGUACCAUUUUUGGAGCAUAAUAAAAUGCGCCUUACGAAAGGCGCUGUUUUUCCCAGUG